GUUUUUCCUUAAGUUUGGGUACAAUUUUGUCAAAGAAGAGUACGAAAAUUGUAUGGAAAUAAAAAAAAAAUGCCAAGACCAGCAAGAGUAAAAUGUGAAACAAUUUUUGAAAAUCUCAAAGACCUUGAUAUUUUCGAUGAAAAUGGAAUGUUAAAGAAGAGGAAAGAUUUAGUGUGGACUGAAGCAAUCAAAAGAAUGCCUGAAAUAAAUUUACACAAUUUAUAUUUAUUUGUGUACCAAGACAGAAGAGACAUAAAGACGAAUUUAAUGAAGUACAAAAAUAUAGACUGUAUUGUUCCGAAAAAAAAAUGUAAAAAAGAGAACAAAAAAGAACCAAUUUCUAAUUAUGAUGAACUGUGGGAUGACCCGGAUUUCUAUGAAACGCUUGAUAAUGAAAGUAACCCUGAUGCACUAAGUGAUUUUGAUACAAUGAUAACUAUUAAAGAGAGUGACCAGUAUAAAAAUACUAUACAAAAAAUUGCAGUCCUCCCCUUUUCUGUCAUUUACUGGCAUCCUUAUCAGAUAAGCUUAUGGUCUGAUUUGAUAAACAUUGAGUCAACUGUCUCUAUGAUUGUACUGGAUAACAUCAUUUCUAAUAUCAAAGGAAAUUUUGAGACUUCUCAUAUAUACCUGUAUGCUCUCGCUGUUAAAUUAGAUAGUACAAUAAUUUUACUUUCUCAGAUGAUGAGUGAUUCAGUGAAUUCACUUGAAAUACAGUAUUUUCUAGACUCUUGGCUCCAAGGAGGCGCUUCAGUUCCAUCAGAAUUCGUUUGUGGAUAUUCUUACAGCUUACUCGAUGCUGCAUCUUUAUCUUUUAACUUCUGCUCUUACGAUCAGUAUAAUUUGAAAUGUUUCAAGUGUUUAAUGGACGAGAUAAUAGUUCUACCACCCACGCUGAUUCAAAUUGAUAUUCACGUACUGAUUAAAGUUAUAAAUGGCUGGUCGUGCUUCGAAAAUGUGUCACAAGCAGUUAAAGACUUGUACCUCUGUGGCGUGAUAUAUCUGAGCUCGUUACAAAGUCUAGAAGAAUUCCGGGAAACCGUUAUCAGUAUGCUCUCUCUAUGCCAGAGCCCUUAUCAAAAUGAAGAAAUUGAGAGAAGACGGCUAGAUCUCUGGACUCAGCUUACUUCAGACACGAUUCAACAAAUGAAUCGUGAGUAUCUGACCUUAGCGACGGGAAAAAACAGCUCACGCAGCUUUGCCUUUUACAAUAUUAGACAAAAUCCAGUCAUUAGUGAGACGCCCCACGACAUUUACGAGUAUAUAAAUCAGUUAAAGCAGGCAGCCUACAACCUUGGUAACUUUAACUUAGACGGUUCUGAAGUUGCUAACGAGUACUACUGCCCCAUAGUACUCGAGAACUUGGUUCAACUACUUAUUGAGUUUCCUUCUUGGACUAAAAUAUUUGUAAAAAAACGGGAUAACGCAACCCUCGUAUCAACUUGUGCUUUUAAACACUUGACUACUCUUACUGAACUCAAGGAACCCGUGAGUCCUCCUCAGUUCUUCAUGUACCACCACGAAAAACUGGGUGUGCUUAUGCAUCAAGGCAGAUUUAGCAUUAACAAACUUAAAAACAAAAUUGGCAUAUCAGAACGCAAGUCUCGCAGCUCCCAGAACCACGCGCACCUCUCUCAAGAGGUUGUGACCAGCAGCAUCAUGAGCAAAAGUUUUAGCAGCCCCAGCAGUAUAAAUCACCUUCCACACUCUAUGUACGACAGUCGCUCCGAAAUUAACGUUCCGACUGAAGAUCUAACGGUUCCUGUGCCUGUCCUUCAGCAUAUUAGUGAAAUCCUUCACGAGGUACCUCAAACUAAUAAUACACAUGCAGGACAAGCAAGGAAACCAGCUUCGUCACACCAUAAGCCUAACGAGCUAGACCUACUGGAUCUCAAGAGCGCCGUAAACUCAGCUAUUUGCUCUCUACUAGAUUUUGACGAGUAUGUGAGCAACGUGCUACUCCCAUUAGUCAAGCCUGGUUUUGAACCUGCCAUUUGCAAGACCCUACUGGAUUGUUGUAUGGAAAUGAAAACCUAUGAGUACUUUAUCGGAAACAUUGUUGAGCGAUUCUGCAUAAUAAGUGAAGGUUUCUCCACUGCCUUUAAGACACUUUUUAUAGAAUGUUAUAACACUGCUGAAGUCAUGGAUAAGAAUGAGAUUAAAAAUUCGAGCAAGCUGUUCGCCCACCUUUUACAAAAAGAUUCUAUUUCUUGGGAUUGUUUCAAUGCCGUGAAGAUAAAUGAGAGAGACACAACGCUAGCCAAAAAAAAUUUUAUAAGGAUUCUCUUGCAAGAACUAGCAGAUCAGAAAAGCGCAUCGAGCUUGGAAGAAAGAUUCAAAGACAAAGAAUAUAAAACAGCAUUCAAAGGACUUUUUCCCACUGAGAGCCGAAAAGAUGCAGCUUUUGCUGCAAAUUUUUAUAAAUCUAUUGGUCUCAAAACUUUAAGGAACAUGUUGAAAGUUACUACAAAGAAAGCACUGGCAUCCGAAAAAGUUUUUGUAGACAAUUUGAUACAAAAGCGUUCUCCCAGUGUUUCAAGCAAUACCUCUGAUUCCUCUUCUGAUUUUAUUUUCGAGCUUAGAGUAAAAAAAAAAAAUGGAAAAAAAUGCACUUCAAGUAAAAGGAAAACAAUUUUAAUGUAGCAAUUGAUGUCUCAACUGAUUUUUCAGUAGGAGGCAUUGAUAUUAUUUCUAAAUUCAGAUGCAAUGACGUAUUUUUUCGAAGACCUUUUCAGACGUACUGAUUUUUAUGCUAUAAUUUACCAGGCAAUGAUGAAUGGUAAGUUUCAACAGCGUUGGACGUCUUUAACCACAUUUAUUAUUUAUGUUCACCAUUAA